UCACCCCCACACCCCACCAACCAUGACCGCCUUCCUCCGUGACCGGCACAUCAAGUUUCUCCAUCGUGGCCUCCUUGUCCUUCCGGGCGACUACGUCUCGCUCGACCAGAAUCGGAUGACACUUGCCUUUUUCUCCACGGCCGGACUGGAUGUACUGGGAGGGAUGGAUGUGGUGGAGAAGGAGGAGAUCAUUGACUGGGUCUACGCACAGCAGCUCAUUCCGGAUCAUCUGCUUCAUGCCAGCCGAGAUGGUCAUGAUGAUGAGUGUGGUGGUGAGAGUGGUCAUGGUGGUCAUGGUGGUCAUGGUGGUCAUGGUCAUGGUCAUGGUCAUCUCGUGGAUGAGGACAACGUCAAUCACCCGCAUCUGGCUCGUCGCGCCGGUUUCCGUGGUGGCUCGUUUGUCGGCGCCCGCUACCCGGAAGUCACGUCGGAUGAGGGAUGCGAGUGCGCCCUGGCGUACGACUACGGACAUCUUGCCUUCACCUACGCGGCGCUGUGCACGCUGGCGGUUUGCGACGAUGGACUUGAGCGGGUCGACAAGGCUGCUAUUUUGGAUGCGCUCCGCAAGCUGCAGCUGCCAUCGGGCGCCUUCUCGCCGCUGGCACACCCGUCCGAGUCGGACAUGCGCUUCCUCUACACCGCCACUGCAGUCGCCUUUAUGCUUGGCGACACGUCGGCGAUUGACGCCGACGCUGCCGUUGGCUACAUCCUCGCCUCGAUCGCCUUUGACGGCGGCAUCGCCCAAGGCCCCGGCCAGGAGUCGCACGCCGGUUCGACCUUUUGCGCUGUCGGCACCCUCCGCCUCCUCGGCCGGCUCGGCGCCCUUGGCGACGCCCGCACCGCCCGCCUCAUCGAGUGGCUUGUUGCCCGCCAGCAGUUUGGCUUCCAGGGCCGCCCAAACAAGAAGACCGACACAUGCUACUCGUACUGGGUCGGUGCCGCCCUCGCCCUCCUCGACGCCUACGACUUUGUCGACAUCGACUCAAACACCUCGUACAAUCUCUCCACCCAGCAGUCCAUCGGCGGCCUCGCCAAGUGGCCCGACCACCAUCCGGACCCACUCCACACUCACCUCGGCCUCUGCGGCCUCUCACUGCUCGGCUACGAAGGCCUCGAGCCCAUCAACCCCGCGCUCGGCAUCUCUGCUCGCGCCGCCGCCCGCUUUGGCCCGCUCCCGCCACUCUAG